AUGGCACCAACAACGGCGACGAAGCAGCAGCUAGUACAGUCGUUACCGCCGCCGCCGCCACCACCCUGCAGCGGCGUCUCCUCCUCAUCACAAGACGAUGACGAUGACGACGACGACGACGACGGCGAUGUGGUGCGGCAACUGGUGAUGGGGCGUUGGCGUUCGUCCCUGUCGUCGGGCCUCCGUGCCGCCCUGGCCUGCACCAUCGUGGGCCUCGUCUCCCUCUACGCACCGGCCGCCCUCUGCCGCCACAUCACCUUCCCGGCCUUCUCCUACGUCGUCACCGUCAUCCUUGUCACGGACGCCACCCUGGGCACGGCCCUGCGCGGCGCGGUGAGCGCGCUGCACGGCACCCUCAUGGGCGCGGCGCCCUCCGUGGCGGCGCUGUGGCUCGCGCACUGCACGGGCGCCGCAGAGUCGGUGGUGGCCACGUCGGCCGUGGUGGCGCUGACGGCGUUCGCGGUGGCGCUCCCGGAGUCGGUGGGCCCGGUGGCGAAGCGGAUCGCGCUGGGGCAGGCCAUCAUAAUCUACGUGGCCAGGUUCCAGCAGGGGGAGCGCCCCAGCCGCGCCCUGGCGCUGCUGCACCCGGCCAACGUGGUGGCGUGCACGGCGCUGCUGGCCGUGCUGAUUCCCUGGCCAAGGCUGGCCACACGGGAGGCCAGGGACAAGAGCAGAGCGUACAAGGUGGUUGCCACCGAGAGGGUCAGGGUCCUGGCUGACGCCUUUAUUGGUGUGGGUGUGGGUGUGGGUGUGGAGGCCGAGGCGUGCAGCCGGCAUCGGCGAUGGCAGAUGGCGGCGUGCAUGUCGGAGGCCAACCGGCUGGCCUCCGCAAGUGCAACCCUCCUCAACCGCAUGAACGCCAUCAAGUACGUGUUGCCGACUUGUGGACUUAUGCAUGCAUGCAGGAGGAUUUGCAGUGGGAGCAGCAUCGAGAUGCCACUGACGGGAAUGCAGAUCGCACUCACAAUGAUGCAACAAGCCUCCGGGGGCGGCCAUGGCAACAAUAAGGAAAACAUGGUCGUCGGCCUUGUCAUGGGGAUGAGGGACCAAAUACGCCUCGCCCUCCUCACGCCCAACAAGCCGAGGCAGCAGAGCAGAUCAUUAUUAUUUGGAUCAUCCUGCAGCACGGCCACUGCCACGGCCAGCAGCAGCAAGUCGCUCUGCUACUUGCCAACUCCGACGACGAACUAUGACUACGACGAGCAGCAGCAAAAGCAGCAGCUGGCGCCUUUUUUGUUCAUCCUCUCCCUCUAUCAGCUCCAUCGUCGCUGCUGCGGUGAUGGUUCCGAGACGCCAUUGACGGCAGAGGCAGCUGCCAUGCCCAACGCCAAGCAGGUAGCGCCGGCAACAACAACGACAGGCCAAGAAUUACUAUUGGAGCAACCAGCAGACUUAUUAUUGCCCGACGACGAGCAAGAAGAAGUAGAGCAGCAAGUGGGGCAGGACGAUCCAUCUUCACAAGCAGAGGCCGCCACUGCAACUGCAGGAGAGGAGAAGGCUACGACGAGGACGACCAAGCACCAGCAGACACGAUCGAGGCCCAUUAGCAGCCCGGAGCGAGGCCGUCGGUGCAGGCCAGGGAACAGCUCACCCGCUGCAUCGCCGCGCUGGCUGACUGCUGCCCGCCUUGUUGCUGAGCCUUCAUCAGAAUUAUUAUUGAAGCGGGUGCAGCAGGAGCUGGCCCUGUUGAGGAAGCACGCCGCGGAGGCCGGCAGUGAGCCCACCUACCUGUGGCUGCCGCCGUUCCCGGCGGCCUGCUACGACAAGAUCCAGGGCAGCCUCAGCAGGAUGGCGCAGCUGCUGCAGCUCUACCACCAGGCACGCCGGCACCAGCAGGUGGACACCAACACCAUCCAGCAGCGGUGCUUCAGCAGCCUCGCCUCCACCUCCCUCAGCCACUGCCUCCGCAUGCUGGAACCACGCAAAGAGGCCAAGGGCCAGGUCGUCGAUCUUGAGGCUGGGACUGCAGCUGGUGGCGUCGGCUGCAGUUGCUGCUGCUCCAAGGAUGACGAGGUGGUGGGCUCCUUCCUAGCGCAGGCAAGAGAGCUGCUGUUGAACGAUGACGACGACGACGACGACGACGACGACAGCGUUGAGCAACAAGAGGAGAGAUUCUUGGUAGUGUGCUGCCUGGGCUCCAUUGCCCUGUGCAUGGGAGAGAUCCUCAAGGAGGCCCAGCGGCUGGAGGCGCACAUCCUAGACCUCAACAACCUGCAAGUCACUACCGGAAACACUCAAGGGGCCGCCUCCGAGUUAAAACACGGACAGGUUAUCAAGCAACAAUACCACAAAUUCUGGGAACUAGUGCGAGACCUGACUGACUUGUGCCCAGGCUAA